CUUUGUCUAAGUUCCUCAUUCUGGAGGACGAGCGCAACAGUCCGUGUCGACCAGCUGACCCACUUGGUCGAACCAGAUAUCGUCAGUGCGUCUGUCUGUCAAUCUGAUGAUAACAACUUCUAAAUCAGAAAAAACUUCUUGGCAGUAGAUGAACUGUUUUCUUUAGCGGGGGACACACGAGAGACAGUAUGGGAUGUAUCAAGUCCACGCUGGGAGACGGUCUGAGCGGUGGUGUGGAGGGGAAGACCGUCCAGCAGACUGUACGUACUGACCACAUGCACUAUGUCAGAGACCCCACCUCUAAUACAAAAAGCAACAUAGAUACCUCCCUGUUGCCUGGUCAGGUGUUCCAAAAGAUGGAAGAGCAAAGUGGGGUCGGUAAAAUUGUGAUCAGCCUUUACCCGUAUGAAGCUGUGCAUCCCGACGACUUAGGAUUCAAGAAAGGAGAUAAGAUGAAAAUCUUAGAGGAACACGGGGAGUGGUGGAAAGCGAGGUCACUGGCAACCAACAAAGAAGGAUUCAUCCCGUGCAAUUAUGUCGCCCAAACGGACACCAUGGAAACAGAGGAGUGGUUUUUCAAGGGCAUCACGAGGAAGGAUGCGGAGAGGCAGCUGCUGGCGCCCGCCAACAAACCCGGCUCUUACCUCCUCCGGGAAAGUGAAACAUCAAAAGGAAGUUACUCGUUGUCCAUCAGAGACGUGGGCACCCAGGGGACAGAUUCGGUCAAGCACUAUAAGAUCAGGACGAUGGAUGAUGGCGGCUAUUACAUCUCUCCUAAAAUCUCCUUCCCUGACAUCGCCAGCAUCAUCAAACACUACCGCAACAAAGCGGACGGCCUGUGUCGUAAACUGGAGCGUGCAUGUGUGAAACCCAAAGCUCAGAAGCCGUGGGAUAAAGACGCGUGGGAGAUUUCCAAAGAUUCCAUCAGGAUGGUGAGGAAACUCGGAGCAGGCCAGUUCGGAGACGUCUGGCUGGCUUACUACAACAAUACCACCACAGUGGCGGUGAAGACGCUGAAGCCGGGCACGAUGACGGUCGAGGCCUUCAUGGAGGAGGCCAACGUGAUGAAGACGCUGCAGCACGACAGGCUGGUGCGGCUCUACGCCGUCGUCACCAAGACGCCGCCCAUCUACAUCAUCACGGAAUACAUGGCGAACGGGAGCCUACUAGACUUCCUAAAGAGCGAUGCCGGAUGCAGGCUCCAGCUGCCCAAGCUCAUCGAUUUCUCAGCGCAGAUAGCCGAGGGCAUGGCGUACAUAGAGAAGAAGAACUACAUCCACCGAGACCUGAGAGCAGCCAAUGUCCUGGUGUCAGAGAGUCUGCUCUGUAAAAUAGCUGAUUUCGGACUGGCAAGAGUCAUCGAGGACGACGAAUACUCUGCCAGAGAGGGAGCCAAAUUCCCCAUCAAGUGGACCUCUCCGGAGGCCAUCAACUACGGCUCCUUCACCAUCAAGUCAGACAUGUGGUCCUUCGGAGUUCUGCUUUUCGAGAUCAUAACCUACGGGAGAGCCCCGUACCCAGGCAUGACUAAAGUGGAGGUGAUGUCCUCCGUGCAGCGCGGCUACCGGAUGCCUCAGCCCGACAACUGUCCCGCCGAGCUCUACGAGAUCAUGACGUCCUGCUGGAAGCACAAGCCCGAGGACCGGCCCACCUUCGAGUACAUGCAGAGCGUCCUGGACGACUUCUACACGGCCACAGAGGGGCAGUACCAGCAGCAGCCGUAAAAGGGAAAGAAAGACAUUAUGUUCGGGGCUACUUUAAAUAUGUGUUUUUUUAAAUAUUUUGUAUAUAUUCUAUACGUUUAUACAAUGCAUUUCUUUACUAUUUGCCGUUCAGGUAGGUUGUGGAUUCUUAAUCAUGUUCUUGGAGUCUCGUGCCUAAAGCUUUCAAAUACAUUUCAUUGGAUGUUUGUGUACGGACGGACUGAAACUGCUGACAUUGCACAAAGAGUUUGCAAAGGCAGGACAGACUGAAGGAGGAUCGGUGUCGUGGGCAGAGGCUGCUGGUGGAAUUUAUAUUUGGUAGGGCCAUCCAAUCAAUUUCAGCAAACAAUUGAAAAAGAUUCAAUGCAAAAAGUCGUUCAGGAAGUGCAGGAAAAGCAUAUUUUGCGCAGAUAUCCUAUUUUACAAAUAUUACUCGGUAUAUUCCAUAUUUCCAAAACACAAAUAUUGACAAUCUGUAUAAUUUAUUAAUAUUAUUAUAAUUAUCUUUGUAUACUUUUUUUUUUUUUGUGGCUUAAGGUGGGGCCAGGCCCCGUGGCCCUCUAUUGGCCAGCCGCCACCGGUCGUGGGUUCUGCACAAACUCAGCAAAUGCUUAGCGCUCAUGUCUUUGACUUGUUAUUUAAACAACUUGGUUGCCAUUUGA